ACAACUUCCAUCAAGACGGCGAGCAUAUAAAGGGGCUCCUCCUUCUGCCGAGCACCACAGCUCUCUCAGCUCCUACGCAACCAACACCAACAUGAGACUGAUCCUCCUAGUGGGCGCCCUCGCGGCUGUGGCCUCCGCCGCCCCCCGUCCCGACUCUCCUCCCGUCUACGGCGCUCCUCCUCCGACCUACAAGCAGCCAGGAAUGCCCUUCGAGUUCGCCUACGCCGUGCAGGAUGACUACUCAGGCAACAACUACGCCCACGCCCAGACCAGCGACGGUCACGUCACCUCCGGAUCGUACAGCGUGGCUCUUCCCGACGGCCGAACCGAGAUCGUGGAAUUCACCGCCGAUCACGACAACGGCUACGUCGCCAACGUCGCUUACGAGGGGGAGGCCUCCUACCCCGCCCCUGCCCCCUCCUACCACCCCGCACCCUCUUACCCCGCCCCCGCUCCCUCCUACCCUGCUCCACCACCCCCUCCCACCUACGCCUAAACGCUCCACCUACACGUAAGCAGAAUCUGGACGGGACAACUCAACGAUCGACCCAAAAAUCCACACACAAGUCAACCCAGACGUCUUGCGGACCCAACUUCACCAAGCGCUAUUCACCAGCGACUCAUGAAGCUUUCUGACUCACCGUUUCACUCCUGCAAGCACUCGUCCCGUCCGGCCCAGUUCCUGCUUGCUUUCCACGACUUAUCGCAUCGUCGCCUCCCUCUCCAUCCUUCACCGUUCUUGCUGUUAUGGGUUAUAAUCUUUUUAAUAUAUUCCUUUUAUAACUAGUGUUAAAUUAUUUUUGUAAAUAAAGGCAUAUUUACGGAAACAAA